UGGCCAUGGACAAAUCCCUGUCAUGUGAUUAACAUGUUCAGAAAAAUACAAAGAUCUGUUGUACUAUCUCAAUGAUGCUCAAUUUUCAAUUUUCUUCUCCCUUGUCCACGCUUGUGGCCCCCUAUGUCGUACCCUUCUCCAAGUUCAAUCCAUCUAAAAUCCACUGUCCGCUUAUUUCGUCUCAGUGCGCCGCUACUUCCCAUUAUCCCAAGUUGCCUAUCAAACCAUUCAAAGUCUGAGAGGCAUUGCUCUUGCUUAGCGUGGUGGAAAAUUAUGGACCCACUUAAGCUCCGUCGUGUGUUGGUGUUUCUGUUUCUGGGUUUAGUGGGACGAACGGUGGCGUUGGCUGGCGGCAGCGGCUCCGGUUGUGGGUUUCCGGCUGUGUACAACUUCGGCGACUCAAACUCGGACACUGGAGGAAUAUCGGCUGCAUUCAAUGUGAUUCAGUCACCUAAUGGCGUAACCUUCUUUGGACAUCCUUCUGGGAGGGCCUGUGAUGGCCGUCUCAUUAUAGACUUCAUUGCUGAGAAGCUGAAACUUCCAUUUCUGAGUGCAUAUCUGGACUCAGUAGGAACAAGCUUUAGGCAUGGAGCUAAUUUUGCAACAGGAGGUUCGUCGAUUCGUCCCGGUGGUUACAGCCCUUUUCAUCUCGGCCUCCAAGUAUCACAGUUCAUCCAAUUCAAAUCCCGCUCGAUCUAUCUAUACAACCGACUCCGCUCCAACAACAGGACAUCUCUACCAAUGAAAAGUAUAGCGAGGCCCCAGGAGUUUCCGAAGGCACUAUAUACGUUCGAUAUCGCACAGAACGAUCUCUCCUAUGGUUUCCAACACUCAUCAGAAGAACAAGUUAAAGCUUCAAUUCCAGAUAUACUAAACACAUUCUCUGAAGCUGUGGAACAACUGUACAAGGAAGGGGCAAGAUAUUUCUGGGUGCAUAACACAGGUCCAAUUGGAUGUCUGCCUUUUGCUAUUCUGGAUAACAAGAGGCCAGGUAAUAUAGACAGUGUCGGGUGCGUAAAGAGUGCAAAUGAAGUCGCUCGAGAACUCAACCGACAGCUUAAGAAUCUGCUGCUAGAGCUAAGGAAAAAGCUUCCUCAAGCUAGAAUCACACACGUAGACAUGUAUUCAGCCAAAUAUCUGCUCAUAAGCGACGCAAAAGCACAAGGUUUUGUUAAUCCAGUGAAGUUUUGCUGUGGGAGCUUUCAGGGCUUUAAUAUUAACUGUGGGAAGAAGGAAGUUGUGAAUGGAACAGUUUAUGAGAAUAAUCCUUGCAAAGAUCUAUCAAGGCAUGUUAGUUGGGAUGGCAUACACUACUCUGAGGCUGCAAACUUGUGGAUUGCUACCCACAUUUUGAAUGGUUCAUUUUCAGACCCACCAUUGUCGAUUGAUAAAGCUUGUCAAGCUGCUCAUAAUGUAUGAUAAUGACAGUAAGUUUGAUGAAUUACUUGUUGAUUCUUCUCAAGAAAAUGCUUAACAUUGAAUCAGCAAGCUUUUAACUUAUCAUGUGAGCAAUAUAAUAUGUGGUUGUCAA